GCGGGUCCCGCAGGGUCCGUCGUGGCCCGCGCGUUCCUCGCCGCGCUGGAACGCUUUGCUCGCGGCGCUAUCUCUCCAUAAAGUUGUUGUUGCGGCUUCCGCCGCGGGUGGAGGAAGAUGGCGUCGGGAGGCGGUGGCUGCAGCGCUUCGGAGAGACUCCCUCCGCCCUUCCCCGGGCUGGAUCCGGAGUCUGAGGGGGCUGCGGGGGGCUCAGAACCCGAGGCUGGGGACAGCGACACCGAAGGGGAGGACAUUUUCACCGGCGCGGCGGCGGCAGGUGGUCUUGAACUUGUGAACUCUAGCCAUCCACCUGUCUCAUCCUCUCCUGACAGCUAUGACCACAGGCACAUGGCCACAGUCCCCAGUGUGAUGGCUAAGCUUCGAUUACUACAGAUACAUUACAGUAAACCCCAGUCUCCAAAGAGAACUGCGUCCUUACUUCCCAUCAACAAUGGCUCCAAAGAAAAUGGCAUCCAUGAGGAACAAGACCAAGAGCCACAGGAUCUCUUUGCAGAUGCCACAGUGGAGCUUUCCCUGGACAGCACACAAAAUAAUCAGAAGAAGGUGCCAGCCAAAACACUCAUUUCUCUGCCUCCACAGGAAGCCACAAAUUCUUCUAAGUCCCAGCUGAGCUAUGAGGAGCUAGAGGAAGAAGAACAGGAGGAUCAGUUUGAUUUGACAGUGGGUAUCACUGAUCCUGAGAAGAUUGGGGAUGGCAUGAAUGCCUACGUGGCCUACAAAGUUACAACGCAGACGACCUUACCAAUGUUCAGAAGUAAACAGUUUGCAGUGAAAAGAAGAUUCAGUGACUUUCUGGGUCUUUAUGAGAAGCUCUCCGAGAAGCACUCUCAGAACGGCUUCAUUGUCCCUCCUCCACCCGAGAAGAGCCUCAUAGGAAUGACAAAAGUGAAAGUUGGGAAAGAAGAUUCUUCUUCUGCAGAAUUUCUUGAAAAACGGAGGGCUGCUCUAGAAAGGUAUCUUCAGAGGGUUGUGAACCACCCUACCAUGUUACAGGACCCUGAUGUCAGGGAGUUUUUGGAAAAAGAAGAGCUGCCACGCGCCGUGGGCACCCAGACCUUGAGUGGUGCUGGUCUCCUCAAGAUGUUCAACAAAGCCACAGAUGCGGUCAGCAAAAUGACCAUCAAGAUGAAUGAGUCCGACAUUUGGUUUGAGGAGAAGCUCCAGGAGGUAGAGUGUGAGGAGCAGCGUCUACGGAAACUACACGCUGUAGUGGAGACACUAGUCAACCACAGGAAAGAGCUAGCGCUGAACACAGCACAGUUUGCAAAGAGUCUGGCCAUGCUCGGGAGCUCCGAGGACAACACGGCGUUGUCACGGGCACUCUCCCAGCUGGCUGAGGUGGAAGAAAAAAUUGAGCAGCUCCACCAGGAACAGGCCAGCAGUGACUUCUUCCUGCUUGCUGAGCUCCUGAGCGACUACAUUCGCCUCCUGGCCAUAGUCCGAGCUGCCUUCGACCAGCGAAUGAAGAUGUGGCAGCGCUGGCAGGACGCUCAGGCCAUGCUGCAGAAGAAACGGGAAGCUGAGGCUCGGUUGCUGUGGGCCAACAAGCCUGACAGGCUGCAGCAGGCCAAGGACGAGAUCACAGAGUGGGAGUCUCGCGUGACUCAGUACGAAAGGGACUUCGAAAGGAUUUCCACAGUGGUGCGGAAAGAAGUGCUACGAUUUGAGAAAGAGAAAUCCAAGGACUUCAGAAACCACGUGAUCAAGUACCUUGAGACACUCCUGUAUUCACAGCAGCAGCUGGCAAAGUACUGGGAAGCCUUCCUUCCUGAGGCAAAGGCCAUCUCCUAACGGACCAAGGAUCCAGAGCCCACCUGCGUGACGCUGCCUUUUUAUACACUGUCCUCCGCCCCUCGGUGCACCUCAGUGACGCAUCCUGCCUAGGCUGGACUCGGCCCCUUCCUCCCGCCCCGUGACCAAGCUGCUCCCACUCUAACCAGUACUUCACUUAGCCUCAUAUAUAUUUUCUUACCUAAGAGAAUAGUUUCCUGCUUUAAGCAAAAGACCUACAAUAGGUGGUGGAAUUAUGGGGUAGGGGUGGAGUGUUGGUAUAAAUAUAUAAAUACAAAUGUAUAUUUUUCAGGAUGUGGUUUAGGAACUGGGAAUAACGUUUUCUGUUACUCCUGAUGGUGCCAUGAGAAGAUUGUGUAAUAAAAUACUUUAAAAUCAGG